AAAAUUCACCGGACUUAUUCCAGAGCCAAGGAGCUUAUAUAUAGCUCAAAGUUUACGACAUCUCUCCGCUCCAAUCGAAACAGAGAGAUCUGCAUCUCCUAAUCCUCUGCUGUCUGAAAUUCCCUUGUCUCUUCACAGAUCUGCUUUCACACCUUCACCCAGAUCAGAUUCAGAUAAUAGUUGGUCUUCAUGGGAUCAGCUGUGGAGGCAGUCGCCAACAAAGAAGCAGCGCGAAGCUUAGCUGAUCUGAAUCCUACUGUAGUGUUUGUCUUGGGUGGUCCAGGCAGUGGGAAGGGCACCCAAUGUGCAAACAUUGUGAAGCAGUUUGGGUUUACCCACCUCAGUGCCGGUGAUCUUCUACGAGCUGAAAGGAAUUCUGGUUCUGAAAAUGGAACCAUGAUCUCGAACAUGAUCAAAGAAGGACAGAUUGUUCCUGCAGUAGUGACUAUUAAACUUCUGGAGCGUGCAAUGCUGGAGAGUGGUAAUGACAAAUUUCUCAUUGAUGGGUUUCCUCGUAAUGAAGAAAACCGUGCUGCAUUUGAGGAUGUGACCAAAAUUGUGCCCUCAUUCGUCCUGUAUUUUGAUUGUUCUGAAGAGGAAAUGGAGAGGCGCCUUUUGAGUAGAAACCAGGGAAGAGAGGAUGAUAAUGUAGAAACAAUAAGGAAGAGGUUUAAGGUUUUUCUAGAGUCAACUCAGAAAGUGUUGGAGUACUAUAACUCUCAGGGGAAGGUUCGAAAGGUUGAUGCUGGGAGGCCUAUUGAAGAGGUUUUUGAGUCGGUGAAAUGCAUUUUUGGCCCCAAAAAUGAAAAGGCCGAUUAGGUAUUUCAAUGGGGAGUUCAAGACUUUGAGUUUUUCACUGCAGUUACUGAUGUGUUCUAUAUAUAAAUUUUAAUAAUUCGUGAUUGUUGCCAUUUGUAUGGUGCUUUCAUUUGAUCAUGUAACAUUGCAUACAGUUGGCUAAGUUUUGUUCUUGUGUUCUAUUGUGUAUCAUUUCCAGAUUGCUGAUUUCAUAUUGAUGAUGUUAUAUGAUAAUGAUUCAUUUUUCUUUGA